AUGACAGCUUCUGUUAUAGAGGAUGAGCUCAAAAAGCAAUCACAACUAGCGUACGUCAAUCACUCGGCUACUAAGCCAAUUUUUUUAACCUCAAUUGCAGUUGACGGUGACAAUAAAUUGAGUCCGGUUUCAAAUGCAUUAUUCGAGUCCAUAUUGGAUCCUGUCCUUUCUCAGCCACUUCAGACUUUAGAGCAUACACUCGAAAGUUUAGAUGAAGUCAGGGAGAAGAUCAUGUACACAGGACUGUUUCAAGAGGUUACAGUUUCCUUAGACAAUGAUGUGUCUGCAGCUUCAGUAGAUAAGCUAAAGAAAUCCUUCCCCGAAGAUUAUGCUUUGGAAUACCCACUUCCCUCUAUUGCAAAGAUCAACUUAAAGCCUUUAGAGUACCACAAAUACAGUGUCACUUCCUGCACGAGUGACACAUUUUCCUCGCUAGGUGGCCGUAUUUCCUUCAUCAAUUCGUUAGGAAGAGCAGAAAGCCUUGUGGUCCAAGGAGAUGCUCGAUACACUCCAUUCGAAGGGAAGAUUGAUGAGCAAAGUGUCAACACAAAAUUGCUCCUUCCGCUUCAGAAAAAUCCCUCGCUAAAGGCUGUCUUAGAUCUAACCUAUGCUAAACUCGAUUUUAGUAACCAACCAUUUCUCGAUACUGCUGAUGAGCAUAAACAAAAUCAAUACUCUUUGAGUUUAGGAGUUCAGAAGCAUUGGAUUUCAAAGCGUACAGAGGCAGCCCCGUCGCUUUUCACUGGUGUGACUAUGGUCGCCAGGAAUGUCUAUGGGUUCAAAGAACCUAACGCUGUUUCCGAUUCAAUCAAACAGUUUAAUGGCACCUUUGUCAAAAACAGUUUUAUCACCCAAUUUUUGCACGAUAGUAGGAAGUUUUUUGGUCUUUUCCCAGCGUCUGGGUCAAAGUUCGCUAUAAAAAAUGAAUACGUGUUGGCUCAAAACUUUCCUAACAGAAAGGAAGCUGUUCCGCAAGACAAGAAUUUCGAUAAAUUAGGUAUUUCUUACGAGAAACACGUCCCGUUCUUCAAAAGUCUAAUCGUGAAUUCUAUGAGUUUCGCUUAUGGAGGUAUUUUUCAGAUUGGCGAGCCACCGGCAGUCGUGCAUACGAUGGAUAAAUUUUAUCUUGGCGGCCUCGCAACUUUAAAAGGAUUUGAAAGAAAUUCGAUUGGUGAGCAUGGCGGUCACUUUUACUGUAAGCUGGCAUUAGCAUCUUCGUUUAAGAUCCCUAAUACUCCGGCUAACUCGCCUUUGAGAAUGCAGUUUUUCCUAAAUGCGGGUGAUGUAUUCAAUAAAGGGCCACUCCCUCAAUCACUUGCUUCAAGUUCAGGAAUCUCAUUGAUUUACAAAACAGCACUUGCUAACAUGGAUUUGACUUACGCGGUGCCUUUAUCAAACAGAAUUACUGAUGGACACAAACCGGGCUUUUCAUUUGGUGUCGCUUUGUCUCUCUACUGA